AUGUUAGUUGACGAAGGAUAUAGUGUAUUUGUUACAGGAAAAGGUGGUAGUGGAAAGUCAUUUUUCCUUCGUAAUAUAAUUGAGAAGCUUCGGCGAAGUGGCGAUCAUUGUUUUGUUACAGCGCCUACUGGGAUUGCGGCCACAAAUAUCGGUGGAUCGACGGUUCAUUCCUUCGCUGGGAUCGGAACUGGUUCAAAGUCAGCUCACGAACUAAUCGCCACAAUAAAGGCAAACGAAGAAGUGCUUGCGAGAUGGGAACAGUGCAAAGUACUGGUCAUUGACGAAGUGUCCAUGUUGAGUCGAGAGCUGUUCGAGAAACUCGAAAUGAUAGCUAGAUGCUUGAAGAGAAAUGCGAAACCAUUUGGCGGAAUUCAGUUGAUUCUCUCGGGAGAUUUCUACCAGCUAAGACCAGUCAUACAGAGGGAUGCAAGUGAUAAAGAAGUUUACUGCUUUGCUAGUCCUAUGUGGAAUUGUUGUGUGGAUAUUUCGGUAUUCUUUGAUGAAAACUAUAGACAGCAUGAACCUGAAUUAAUACACCUUCUGGAAGAGUUUCGUAUGUGCGGGUUAUCACAACGUUCUCAUCAAUUUAUAGAAGAAUCUCUUACACGACCAUUAGACUGUAAUCCUUUAGAUGUUGUCCGAUUGUAUUCGCACAGGGACAAUGUUUCGCAAGCAAAUGAUGAAUGCCUGGCACUCCUAGCAGGUGAGCCACACCACUAUUGCUCAGAUGAUUCUGGGAAUGUCAAUUCACUAAAAAAGUGUUCUGCACCAAAGAAUUUGGCAGUUAAACUGAAUGCUAGGGUAGUUCUAUUGAAGAACUUGAGCAUCGGAUUGGUUAAUGGGUUACGUGGUACUAUCCAUUCAUUUGUAGAUGGUUUUCCAUUUGUUGUGUUUGACAAUGGCAGUCGUAAGUUAAUUAGAGAAGAACUUUUCACUGUUGAAGAUGAGUGUACUGUUGUGGCAACUAGGAAACAAAUACCAUUGGACCUUGCUUAUGCAAUGACCAUCCACAAGAGUCAGGGUAUGGCAUUUCCACUCCUAGAUGUAGAUUUGUCUACAGUGUUUGAAGCUGGACAAGCUUAUGUUGCUGUUUCCCGAGCGACAACUAUUCAUGGUCUGAAGAUCUCUUCAUACAGAGAGAGAAUGCCACAGGUUUCUCAACUCGUCAUUGACUUCUAUGCCAAUGGUGUGGUUAUGGCCAGUGACCUGAAUGUGGAUGAAAUUGUGCAUUCAGAGAAGAAGCGUGACAUAACAACCCUCUCUUUAGUCAGCAUUGAUAAAUGCAUAUCGGUUUCUAGCACUGCAAAAGAGCCUAAGCCAUUUGUGGUCACGGAACAGUUUUUGUCACAUAAGCUACCUCAAGGUGUGAUGGACAAUGUCCACAAGCUGGUAAAGAAAGAAUCGGAGAUCAGCGAUGACGUUUCAAGUGUGUUGAAAAAGCUGAACUUGAAAGAAAACGAGCAACAUGAGUUGUAUUCUGACUCAGAGAUGUGUUUGGAGGAUUAUUGCACCUGGCUGUGGCAAAGUUAUGAGCAGAUCCACUCUACUGACAAAAGUGGAACAUUAAUUGACAGAAAAAAAUUUUCUGGUGUUACAAAGCAGCUUCAUAGUCUGUACAGAUCUUCACAGUUACUCCAGAAGUGGAAAGAUUGUUCAAAGUCAGAUGUAGACAUUGGAAUUGGUGGAAAGGAUCGGAAAGCUGCAAUAGUGUAUGCUAGAGCUCUGUAUGCAGAAUUUGUUAAGCAACAAGCUGCCAACACACGAAAUGACUAUUUCAAUGACCCCAUGCAGUUUGAGGAAGGCCCAGUCCAAUCCACUACAAAGGAAGCAAGUGGCAAA